GGUCGACACCCGCGGCCUGGCCGAGCCAUGACGUCAGACAUGCUCGAGGUACCAUCAUCAUCUUUCAGCUUACCUGCUGCCUCCCAUCUACAAAGAAAAUGCCGGACCGGAAAUCAUCAUAAUAAUCAUACCGCGCUCCGCAUUGUCACCACCACCACUGCUUCCACUACCACUGCUACUCCUACCACUAAAUCAAAUCAUCUACAUGACCCCUCCAUAAACAACCAACCCAACCCAACCUACGCACCAAAGCAAAAGAAAUGCCCCCCUCCCACUCCCUCGCCCUCCAAGACGCCCUCACCUCCCUCUCCCCAACCAGCUGGUCCGACCUCCCGACCAACGACCCCGCCGCUCUCCGCGCUUACCUUUCCGACCUCCGCACGAAAGCCCACCUCAUUAUUGACUCCGUUCCGCUCCCAUCACCAUCACCAUCUUCAUCGGAUGACGGGAAAGAUACCCCAUCCCCUAGUACAUCUCCUAGUCCUAGUACCAGUACUAGUACUACAAACGGACCCCCCCCCAACGACGCAACCGAGCUACUUCACAAACUCCGCAAAGAAUGGAGCAAGCCGAUCAAAAUCACCAAUCCAAAAGAUAACCCGCUCCAGAUAAAUAUAUAUAAGCUUCCCGGGGCAGACGGGAAGGGCCAUUGGUUUGGACGACGGAGCGUGCAUGAGGGAUUGGCGUUUGAGAGAUGGAGGGAGAAGUUGUCGGGGGAGAUGGGGGAGACGUUACGGCGGAAUGAGGAGCGGGUGCGGAGGGGGAAGAUGCCGGAUCAGGCGGUUAGAGGGAUUGGGGCGGAGAGGUUGGUGGAGGGGGUUGAUGUAAAUGCCCCAGGUUUGGGGGAUGGGGAUGGCAAUGGGAAUGGGAAUGGGGAGGUGAUUGGACGGGUUCAGGUGUAUCAUGUUUCGGCGCAGUUUCCGAAACCGACGGCCGCGAGGGACUUUGUGAGUUUGAUUGUGAGUUGGGAGGAUGCAGAGGAGGGGGCAGGUCAGGGACAAGGUGGAGGGGGAAAAGGGAGAGAGUGGAUGAUGGUGUCCCGGCCGUGUGUGCAUGAGGAGGCACCCCCGGUGCAGGGGUAUAUUCGGGGGAUGUACGAGAGUGUGGAGUUUAUUCGGGAGAUUCCGGUCGAAGGAGAGGGUAUGAAUCCCGUGGAGUGGGUGAUGGUGACGAGAAGUGAUCCUGGGGGGAAUAUCCCGCGGUGGAUGGUCGAGAAGGGCACCCCGAAGAGUAUCUGUACGGAUGCGAUCAAGUUCUUGAACUGGGCGUGUCGGGACGGGGAGGGACGAAAGUCCAUGGACAAGUCGGUGGGCAGUCAGUAUGAUGGGGAAGCAGAGGAAGAGAGUGAGGACAGUGAGGAGGAUUUCGAAUACGACGAGGUCGAACACCACGGAUUGAUUGCCAGCUUCGCCUACCUGGUCAAUGCUGGUCUCGAGCGGUAUGCACCGCAGACGGUGCUGGACUAUCUGCCUCACUCCCGCCAGCCGUCCGCUCCAGUCCCGGAUGUGACGGGGGAGACUUCAGAGGAUGAAAAGGAUGAUGAUGAUGAUGAGAAAGGAGCAGAGACUGAGAAGGGGGUCGAGAAUGAUGCGGCAUCAGGCAAAGUGUCCAUAUCACCCUCGGCGAACUCGGCCCUGGACUCAUCAGUGGAGGCCGGCCCCGAUGUGUCCGCGCUGGAACUGAUGACGAAGAAUAAGAAGGGAAAGUUGACAUCGCAUGAGAAGCAGCUGGCAAAGCUGGCGGAGCGAAAGCGCAACGUCGAGGCACAGCUGGACCGCGUACGGGCCGACAUCCAAGCCCUACGCGUGACAUCUCCUGUCGAUGGCUCCAAGCGUGACAAGGCAUCCACGGCGGCGCUGGCAGCAGCGGAUCAGGCGAGCAGCGAGGCAACCAGCAGUCCAGCGAGCAGCGUGCACAAAGGGCAAUCCGGCAAAUCGGCCGACCAGGACACGGCACGGAUGCAAAAGGCCGCGUCGGGGCUGUUUCACGAGGAGUCCAAGCUGAUGAAACAGCUCAGCAAGAUCGAGAAAGACCAAGUCAAGGAGGCUUCGAAGAUUGAGGCGCGCCAGCAGAAACACGCAGACAAGCAGGAGAAAUGGCGCUCGCGGGCCGAAAGUGAUGCCCUACGACGCGAAGUCGAGGUGCUCAAGAAAGAGGUGGACCGAUUGCGCGCGGAGCGGAAGCAGUGGCUGGAUUUGAUCGGGUCGUUGCAAAGUGAGAAUACACGGUUGGCGGCGGAAAAGGCAUAG